GAAUUAAUUUUUAUAAAAAAAUCUAUGAAUUAAUCCAACAGCGGUCGCAGCCUCUAGACGUUUCGUUUUGAGUCAUUAUAAAAUACCCCUCGCUGACUCAGAUAUAAGUCUACAUUCAUAGCUUGCAUUAGUUGACGGAGCAACAUAUUCUCGGAGAGAUAAGAAAUAUGUCGAAGACGGAGCAGCCGGUGCUGGGAGUCCCAUACUAUGCAGGGCCGCGGAUGGAUGGAUACCAACAGGGGAGGAUACCAGCCAACGCCAUAUACGGCGAUCCAAAGGGAAUUCCGAUUCAGCAAACCAUGUAUCGGGAUACUCCCGCUCCUUUCAAUUGCCCUUACUGUGGUAAUUCCGGUCUCACCCUCGUCAGAUCUAAGCCUAGUUUGGCAGCAGUGGUUGGAUGCAUGAUGCCCUUUAUGCUUGGAAUCUGCUUCCUUUGCCCUUCCAUGGACUGUCUUUGGCAUAAAUAUCAUUAUUGCCCAAACUGCAAUGAGAAGAUUGCUGAUUUUGAGAAAUCAGAUCCUUGUCUGGUGGUGGAUUUGCCCCAAUGGAUGCAGAAGAGUUUUGCUUUGCCUGCAUGAUAACCAAGUCUACUAAAACCCAUUUGCUUCUGAUUUGCUACAAACUAUUGUCUAUACUAGCAACUGUGUUUUGAAUAAAAGCUUUCCACUCGACUCUGUUGCCAGUCGCAACAGCCUGAUACAUAUAAUCUAUCCAUAGCUGAAUUUAAUGUUAUAAGUCAAUUUGAUCUUAUCUCCAUUAGAAAAAGCUUCAUGACAUUAUUAACGAAUAGCCCCUUCGGUUUGAACUAUACAAUAAUAAACAUAUGUAAUAUUCUUCCAA